AUGUAUCCCAACAAUCAUAACCAGCAUUAUCAACAGCAAACUCCUUUUAACCAAGUUCCAAAUCAUGUAGAUCAUCACCAACAACUCUUUUUCAUGAACCAACCUUCCAUGAUUCAUCCCAAUGUGUAUCAUCAAUCGUCGGUUGUGAAUGGAACAGCUCCUUCUUCCUUUCCGAAUUCCAAUUUGAAUUACUAUCCCAAUUCGUCUGUGAUGAUGAACAACAAUCCACAACAAAAUUUUUUUUCAAAUUCUCCUCAAAACACGUGUCUUGUUCCUUCGUCUCAACCUUUGCAAAUGAAUAUUCAUUCUUCUUUUUACCAAGAUCCAGCCUUAUCCUUUGGUCAUUGGCAACCAGCCUCUCAUUUCAGUGGUCCUGUGAUCAUGCCAACAGCACACGUACAUGGUCAGAAUGUUUCUCACAUCAAGAAUGGGCAAAAAAGUCCUCAAACAGAAACGAGAUCAGCAUCAUCGUCGACUUCCUCACAACCAAAGAAUGAUUCUGACAAGAAGGAUGAAAUUCCUGAAGCUUCGAACUUUUGCCUGAACUGGAAAAGAUGUUCUCUCACUCGAAGCGAUCCUCAACACAAGUGUGAAUUUCGUCAUUUAUGUACCAUUAAAAAUUGUGACAAAUGGAAGGACAACAAAAUUCAUAAAGCCAGAUUCAUUCAUAUUUGUGCUCAUGGAGAACAAUGUCGAUAUCAAGAUAACGAAGAUCACAAUCACAAUUUUAUUCAUCCAUGUUCAUUUGGAGGUAAAUGCAAAUAUUUGAAUGAUCCACUUCAUAGAAUUCGUUUUUCUCACAACGAUUUAGAAGUUGACGAUAGAAAUUUUGACUGGCCAGAGACGUGGACCACUUCUCCACCCUUGUCCAUUACCAAAUGCUUGGUGAACAAGAAGAAUUACACUCGAUUAUUUUCCCUUCCCAAGAACUCGGAUGAAUUCAAGAAGAUCGAAUCAAAAUUUGUGAAAUCUAUUCAUCACUCUUAUUCUUCUGCUCAAGUGGUCAAAAUUGAAAGAAUCGAGAAUGCUCAAAAAUGGGAAGAAUAUAUCACUGCUCGUUUUCAAAUCAAGUCAAAGAACAAUGGAAAAGCCAAUGAAAAGAUUCUAUAUCAUGGGUGCGAUGAUGCAACAGCACUGAAAAUUAUUGAAAGCGGUAUCGAUUAUCGUUUAACCACAACUGGUCAUUAUGGUCAGGGUGCUUACUUUGCUGUCAAUGCAAGCUACAGUCAUGGUUAUGCACCUGCAAGCUCCAAUGGACAUCGAACUAUUUUCAUGUGUCGAGUGAUAAUUGGUGAGCCUAUGGUCGUUCCAAGCCAAAACAAAAAUUUGACAAGACCCUAUGACCCCACCAAGGACAAGAUGUAUGACAGCGUUCAGGGCAAUCCAACAGGAACAGAAUUUGUUAUUUUUGACAACAAGCAAGCAUAUGCUGAGUAUUUGGUUACUUACAAAUAG